CUCCUCUUUAUCUCUCAUCAACGAUUCCAGUAGAUCAAAUGUGAACCUAAUUUCAAUUCAAUUCAAUUCUCCCAUUUUUCCAGAGAUUUAACUGCGGAGAAGAAAUCAAAAUUGACACUGAAUCUCAAUUGAGAUGGCUGGGGUCUCGGUUGCGGCGGAGUGGCAGCUCCUCUACAACCGCUACUACCGGAAGCCGGAGCUCUACCAGAUGGAGUGGAAGCAAGUCGACCUCACGCGCAACAAAGUCGCCUGCGCCCCCUUCGGCGGCCCCAUCGCCGUCAUCCGCGACGACGCCAAGAUCGUCCAGCUCUACGCCGAGUCCGCCCUCCGCAAGCUCCGCAUCUUCACCUCCUCCGGCCGCCUCACCGCCGAGACCGUCUGGCGGAACCCCGGCGGCCGCCUCAUCGGCAUGUCCUGGACCGACGACCUAACCCUAGCCUGCAUCACGCAGGACGGCACCGUCUACUCCUACAACAUCCACGCCGAGCUCCUCGGGACCUUCUCCCUCGGCAAGGAGUGCUUCGAGAACAGCGUCGUCGAGUGCCUAUUUUGGGGGAACGGCGUCGUGUGCAUCACUGAGGCGUUUGAGAUUCUGGCGGUGCCGGAUUUUAAGAUGCCUAAGGCGGUUAAACUGGCGGAUUGUAAUUUGGAGGAGCUUCCGCAUUGUAUGGCGGUGAUUGAGCCUCAGUACACGAAAUCGGGGGACGUGGAGGUGCUGCUAGGGGUUGGGGAUCAUGUGUUGUUGGUGGAUGAGGAAGGAGUGCAGCCGUUGGCCCCCGGAAUUGGGCCGUUGCAGAAGAUGGUGUUGUCCAGGAAAGCGGAGUUUGUCGCUUCCUUCACGCAUGAUGGAAGGCUUUUGGUUAUGUCCUCAGAUUUUUCCAAAGAAUUCAUUGACUAUACUUGUGAGUCAGCCCUCCCACCAGACCAACUAGCUUGGUGCGGAUCAGAUACUGUGUUACUUUACUGGGAUGACAUGUUGUUGAUGGUGGGUCCUUAUGAUGAGCCAGUACGGUACAUAUAUGAUGAGCCAAUUAUUCUUAUUCCAGAAUGCGAUGGGGUGCGCAUACUAUCUAACACAAACAUGGAGUUUUUACAUCGAGUUCCAGACUCUACAGUAUCAAUCUUUCAGAUUGGAAGCACAUCCCCUCCUGCAUUAUUGUAUGAUGCCUUGGAGCAUUUUGAUAGGAGAAGUGCAAAGGCUGUUGAGAACUUGAGAUUAAUCCGCACUUCAUUGCCUGAAGCUGUUGAGUCAUGUAUAGAUGCUGCUGGCUAUGAAUUUGAUAUUUCACAGCAAAGGACACUACUAAGAGCUGCAAGCUACGGUCAAACCUUUUCUAGCCAUUUCCGACGUGACAGCAUACGAGAGAUGUGUCAGAUGCUGCGUGUCUUAAAUGCCGUACGUCACGUCGAUGUUGGAAUUCCUCUAAGCCUUCAGCAGUACAAGUUACUAACUCCAUCUGUUCUAAUCAACCGUCUAAUUAAUGCCCACAAACACCUUCUAGCUUUGCGGAUAUCAGAAUACCUCGGCUUAAGCCAAGAAGUUGUAAUAAUGCACUGGACGUGUACAAAGAUAACAGCUUCUGCAGCGAUUCCUGAUGCCACUCUUCUUCAGAUUCUACUUGACAAGUUGAAGAUAUGCAAAGGAAUAUCUUAUGCAGCUGUUGCUGCUCAUGCUGAUAAGAGUGGCCGUAGGAAAUUAGCUGCUAUGCUAGUUGAACAUGAGCCACGUUCCUCUAAACAGAUCCCUCUCUUGUUAAGUAUUGGGGAAGAAAAUUCAGCACUUGUGAAGGCUACCGAAAGCGGAGAUACUGAUCUUGUUUAUCUUGUCAUGUUUCAUAUCUGGAAGAAGAGGCCACCGUUGGAGUUUUUUUCAACAAUACAGGCUAGACCUCUUGCACGUGAUCUGUUUGUCAAAUAUGCACGGUGUUACAAGCAUGAGUUCUUGAAGGACUUCUUUUUAUCCACUGGGCAACUCCAGGAGGUAGCUUACCUCUUGUGGAAAGAAUCGUGGGAACUUGCAAAAGAUCCAAGGGCCAAAGGAUCAUCUCUUGGCCCACGCAUAAAACUAAUUGAAAAGGCUAGUAAUCUUUUUGCGGAAUCAAAAGACCAUAUGUUUGAGUCCAAGGCAGCUGAGGAACAUGCCAAACUCUUAAGAAUUCAACGCGAAUUGGAGGUAUCAACAAAGCAGGCUAUUUUUCUGGAUUCAAGUGUCAGCGAUACAAUUCGCACAUGUAUUGUUCUGGGCAAUCACCGUGCUGCAAAUAGAGUUAGAACAGAAUUUAAGGUUUCUGACAAGCGGUGGUAUUGGCUGAAAUGCUUUGCUCUGGCAACAAUCCGAGACUGGGAUGCACUGGAAAAGUUUUCGAAAGAGAAGAGGCCACCGAUUGGUUAUCGUCCAUUUGUAGAAGCUUGCAUUGACGCUGGUGAGAAAGAUGAAGCACUUAAAUACAUACCGAAGCUUUCAGAUCCGAGAGAGAGAGCUGAGGCUUAUGCGAAAAUCGGGAUGGCCAAGGAAGCUGCAGAUGCAGCGUCUCAAUCCAAGGAUGGCGAACUGCUGGGGAGAUUGAGACAGUCGUUUUCACAGAAUGCCGGAGGUUCUUCGAUCUUUGAUACUCUGCGCGACCGCCUGACUUUCCAAAGCCUCUCUUAGUUCUGUUUACUCAUUUUUACAGUGUGAUUUUAUUUUUGUUUUUUUGGUGGCUUCAUUUAAUCGUAAAGCUUUUUGUGGUGUGAGAAAAGGCAAUGCGACUUAUUGUAUGCAGCUAGCAAGCAUGAAGUUAGCAAUAGCGUUCUUGGUUGUAUCAGUUUAUGUACACUAUAUAAUUGAAAUUUCUUCACCUGAUUUGUAAUUUAAUUUAAAAUAUGGAUUUGAAUCUUGAUCUUGUCUGGUUAUACUCAA